CAAACUAAAAAAAGACGACUAUCACGUGAUAGUAUUUUGGAAUUGCUCAAACAGCAGACGAGCCUCAUCAGAAAUUGAGAUUGUGUGAAAUUUUAAAGUUAUUUUUGGUCAUCAAGUCAUCAUUGAACGUUUGCAAUGGAUAUUGUGCUGUAUUUUGUUGCUGUCGCAAUCCUUAUUGUACUCAUUGUCUCUGCAGUGAAGGUUCGUGGAAAGACAGAGGAAGAUAACCAUGAGGCCAGACAGGAGGUGGCAGCACAGGUGGUGGGUCGACAACAGAUGGCAGAGGAAGGUGCCAACAGGCUCCGUCGCCGUAGAAACCUCAAUAGGAUGAUGGCCAAUAGAAUGGCCAAUAGUGCCCAGAGAGAAGCAGCAGACAAUGCAGACAGUCCAGUGGAGGUGGAGGAGGAAUAUGAGGAGGCAGAGCAGCAGUCCCAGGCCACAGGGAAAAUAGGAGCUAAAAAGCAAAAGAAGCUAGAAGAGAAGCAAGCAAAACGGGCCCAGAGAGAGGCUGAACUGGAGGAAAGAGAGGAGAGGAAGAGAACACAGGAACUGAAAGAGGAGGAGAGGCGCAAGGAGGACAAGAAGGAGAGAAUACUGGAGCAGAGACAGGAGGAAGAGGAGCUACGUGCCAAGGAGGAACAGGAGAAGAGGGAGGAAGAGGAGUACCUGUGUCUUAAACAGUCCUUCGUUGUCGAGGAGCAAGGCGAGGCUGACGAGCUCACUGAGCAAGAGUCACAAAACCUUCUCCAAGAGUUCAUUCAGCACAUCAAAGACUGUAAGGUUGUACUGCUGGAAGACCUGGCCUCACACUUUGGACUGCGCACACAGGAUGCUAUUUCAAGACUGCAGGAUAUUCUGGCUGAUGGCUCGAUCACUGGGGUAAUUGACGACAGAGGGAAGUUCAUCUUCAUCACUCCAGAAGAGAUGAAUGCUGUUGCACAGUUCAUCAGACAGAGAGGCAGAGUUUCCAUAACUGACCUGGCCCAAGCCAGCAACUCUCUCAUCAACCUGAUACCCGAGAUACACAACACUGCCUGAUGGACUCUUACAGAAACUCCUACACACAUACACAUGUUUCGAGAAACACCCCUUUCAAUUAUGAUGGCACACAACCAGGGCAUGACAUUAAAAUGUUUGCUCACCAGCCACUGUGGCUAGUGGUUUUCCAAAGUUACAUACACUCAGCAAUUUCACUAGCCACAAUUUUGUUGUUGGGAAAUUAAAUUUUAUUUGAUUAAAGUUGA